UAAGUCACUCCGCACUUCAACACAAGGUGGCGGUAAUGCUCCAUGAAACUAAAUGACAACCGCUGAAAAGAGGCGAAGAAGAAGACGGAAAAGAGGAAAAGGAAGAAGAAGAAGAAGAAGGUGGUAGAGCAGAGUUGUAAUAAUUGAAGCCUUGUUGUAUAGCCUGGACCAUGGGAAAGAAGAGUCGAUCAAGGAAGUCUCUGUCAGGAGCUAGUGCCAUGGCUUCUCCAAAAGAGAUGAUGAACCUCGUUUCCGAACUGCUGCAAAAGUGCAGCGGGGAAGCGCCAUCUGCCAGUGAAGAGUGGGAGGAAUAUGUUCAAAUUAAAAGUUUAGUGGAGAAGAUCCGAAAGAAGCAGAAAGGUAUGACAAUAUUAUUUGACGGUUCAAGAAACGACCAUUUCCAGGAUCUGGUGUCCUGGGCAAAAGAGAAUGGCGUCUCCUGUGAUGCUUUCAGAAUUGCCAACUUUGGAAAAGAAGGCUAUGGCCUCCAAGCCACCAGAGACAUUAAGGCAGAAGAAAUGUUCUUGUGCAUUCCGAGGAAGAUGCUGAUGACAGUGGAAUCGGCACAUAAUUCUAUUCUGGGACCAUUGCUCCGCCAGGAUCGUAUUCUUAAGGCCAUGGGCAAUGUUUCCCUGGCCCUCCACCUGCUUUGCGAGCGGGCCGACUCUGCAUCGUUUUGGCUGCCAUACAUCCGAAGUCUUCCUCAGGAUUACAGCACCCCACUGUAUUACCAGCAAGAUGAGGUGCGCCUGCUCCUUGGCACGCAGGCUAUUCAGGAUGUCCUGAGUCAGUUUAGAAUUACAGCCCGUCAGUACGCCUACUUCUACAGACUUUUUCAGACUCAUCCUGCUGCCAGUGGUCUGCCUUUGAAGGACAGCUUCACAUUUGAUGACUACAGGUGGGCUGUGUCUUCUGUCAUGACCCGUCAGAACCAGAUCCCCACUAAGGAUGGCAGCCAGAUCACACAGGCCCUCAUUCCUCUUUGGGACAUGUGCAACCACAUACAUGGACUGAUAACCACUGGUUACAACUUGGAGGAUGACCGUUGUGAAUGUGUGGCACUGCAAGAUUGUAAAGAGAGUGAACAGAUUUACAUCUUUUAUGGCACGAGAUCCAAUGCCGAAUUUGUGGUCCAUAACGGCUUCUUCUUCCAAGACAACGUCCAUGACCGGGUGAAGAUCAAGCUGGGCAUCAGUAAAAGUGAGCGGCUCUACGCCAUGAAAGCAGAGAUGCUGGCACGUGCUGGUCUACCAGCGUCUCAUGUAUUUGCUCUGCACGCCAAUGAAUUCCCAGUUUCACCCCAGCUACUAGCUUUUUUAAGAGUCUUCUGCAUGACCGAGGAAGAACUGAAAGAUUACCUUGUUGGAGAGUCUGUCAAUAAAGUCUUCCAGUUGGGCAACAGUGACUAUCCAGUCAGCUGGGACAAUGAAAUCAAGUUGUGGACUUUUCUGGAGACCAGAUUCACCCUCCUGCUCAAGAACUAUAAGACUUCCACCAAGGAGGACAGUGUCAUGCUGGAGGAAGCCGGUCUAUCUCCUCAUGCUCGUGCAGCUGUCCAGCUGCGCCUGGCUGAGAAGCAGAUCCUGCUGAAAUCCCUGGCCAGUGGACAAGUCAGACUUGCAGACUUGGUCAAGAACAAGGCCGAGGGCCAAGCUUUGCCUUGCUCUGACAAUGGUGACAUUACCAAUACUAACGCUGAUGUAAAGCUUCCAAUGAAGGUGGAGAAGUUUGAGCAGUAGAAGCAGGCUGACUCGGAAUGGAGGUAAGACAGUACGUAGAAGGUGUGCAGGAGUAGAUCACUAAUCAACACGUUUGAAAUAAGAUCAAAAAUGGAUGUUUCUAUUUCCUAUUAAAAAAGUAAAUAUUUAUUGAAGUGUCCUUAUUGCUAUUUAAUAAUCCUAUAUUUGAUUUAUUAUUGACCACCAAAACAAAAACUGCUGCAAUAUGGUUGUGUGCUUAAAUUAGGCAUGCUGACAUUUACCGUAUUUUUCGGACUAUAAGUGGCAGUUUUUUUCAUAGUUUGGGUGCGACUUAUACUCAGGAGCGACUUAUGUGGGAAAUGAUGAACACAUUAGCGUAAAAUAUGAAAUAAUAUUAUUGAUGUCAUUCACGUAAGAGACUAGACGUAUAAGAUUUCAUGGGAUUUAGCGAUUAGGAGUGACAGUAAACGUAUAGCAUGUUCUAUAUGUUAUAGUUAUUUGAAUGACUCUUACCAUAAUAUGUGAGGUUAACAUAGCAGUUGGUUAUUUAUGCCUCAUAUAACGUACACUUAUUCAGCCUGUUGUUCACUAUUCUUUAGACAUUUUAAAUUGCCUUUCAAAUGUCUAUUCUUGCUUUUGGCUUUUAUCAAAUACAUUUCCACAAAAAAUGUGACUUAUACUCCAGUGCGACUUAUACAUGUUUUUUUCCUUCUUUAUUAUGCAUUUUCGGCCGGUGCGACUUAUACUCCGGAGCGACUUAUACUCCGAAUAAUACGGUACUUGUGUAUACAUAUGGUCCUACUUUUUGCUCUGUCCACAACAGAUUAAUAAACAAUAUGUAUCAAUAUGCUUAGUUGCUCUGUUGGCGGGAAGAUGCUGCAUUCUUAAGCUCCGAUCUGCCAAGCCAAUACACCACCACAUGUGUAAUGUGGUGGUGCUUUUCCGCCUCCUGGGUAGUGGCCCUUCUUCUAGCGCACAGGUGUCAAAGUCCAGGCCUGGGGCUAAAUCUGCACAUUAUUUCAUGUGGCCUGCAAAAGCCUAGACAUAGUAGUAUGCCUCAAUAAAGUACUUUAUCUUUCUGGCUAAAUGUAGUUGUUCUUUAAAUUUGGACACAAAAAUGUACUGCAUGCAAUUACAUCAUGAAAACUACUUAAAUAUCUGUCUCCAUGACUUAUGAUUUUAAGGCACGUUAUCCACCAAUCUGUCUGUAAAAAAUAAUA